UGCAUCGCUAGGAAAGUCACAUCUCUAGGCAAGUGUUAUCCCUAAGUUUCGUCCGACCCUGGUCGUCUGGCGCAAAUGCAGAGAAAACAAGUGGAAAAGCAAGAGAAAAACCCUGAAAAACGCACAAUAUCUAAGUAAAAUAGCGGAAAUGUGGUGAUUCGUGUUACGUUUAAGUUGGCUCGCAGGUCGAAGGACAGAGUAAAAUGUGAAAAAAGCACGAAUUUUGGUAGUGUGAUUGCUGCAGUUGCUGCAAUUGUGUACGGGCCAGUAUAUGUAUAUGUAUAUUAGUGUGCGUUUGCGUAGGAGGCACCAAAAUAACAACAGCAAACGCAGUAGCAACAACAAAGAAUCGGAAUUACCAGAAGUCCUACCAUAUGCUCCAUACGUGAAUCGUACGGAACGGUGACUGGAACGGGAACGGGAACAAAAACCAGAGUGCCAAUGCCCAGAAAGAGCCAAUAGUCCCAGUAGCAGUCAUAGCACCACAUCUCAAAUACAACAAAAACACAAAAAAAAAACCCCGCCCGCACCACGCAGCAAUUACAAAAUUAAACAAAAAGUGUCAAUCACUCUAGGACUCCAAAUUUCAUCAUCAUCCCAAAAUCAGAGAAACCUGGAAGUCAACGCGCAAUCUCCUGCUAGGACACAGAGUCCGGAGGCCUAGAGAAGGAGGAAGGUGGUGUUGGAGUAAGAGGAGGAGCUCCUGGCAGUGGCAGUGGCCAGGUGGCCAGGUGACAGUUGCCAUACCCUGCCCGCACUAUGGGCAAUUGCCUGAAAUGCUUCCAGUCUGCCGCCGAACAAACGUUGCCUCCCAACGCCGCGUCCCCAAAUUCCAACUCGAACGCCUGCCCGGUGGCCACCAGUCUAGCUAACUGCUACGACUCUGUUGGUAACAAUUCCAAUGCGAACGAGCGCUGUGUACCGCGUGAAACCGAUGAACUACUCUCUAGCCGAACUCCACUCAAGCCAGCAAAAGCAAACAAUUGUGAUACUAAGCGUAAUAGUUUUAAGUCUUUGGGUUUGCUAAAUGGCAGUGCACCUACCAUGAGCGAUAUCAUAACAACUGCUGUCAAGGAGUCCAUGGAGGUGUCGAAACAGACCCUGAACAACCUAUUCGAUGUGUACAAAGAUCCGGACGAUGAAGAUAUGAUACUCACGGACGGCAUCGAACGCCUGUGCAAUGACCUCAAUUACCAGCCGGAUGAGUUCGCCAUUCUGGUGCUGGCCUGGUGUCUGGAUGCCUCUCAAAUGUGCCGUUUCACCAAGACGGAGUUUAUCGAUGGUCUUCAUAAGAUGCGGGCGGAUAAUAUCGCCAGCAUCCGGUUACGACUCGAGCAGACAAUUGAAAUGCUGAAGGCGGAUGCUGAGAUGUUCAAGCAACUGUAUCGCUUCACCUUUCGGUUUGGCCUGGAGCCAGAUCAGCGCGUGCUCUCGCUGGAAAUUGCCAUUGACCUGUGGAAACUAGUGUUCACUGUACAAACACCUGAUCUCUUCUCCAACUGGAUACACUUCCUCGAAAAGCAUCCGAAUAUACGCCGCAUACCGAAGGAUACAUGGAACAUGUACCUCAACUUUACGGAACAAUGUGAUAUACAAAAUUAUGACGACACGGAGGCUUGGCCCAGUCUGUUCGAUGACUUUGUCGAUUAUGAGAAGAGCAGGGCACUGGAGUCGGCUGGCAUACAUGACGAUGACAACAACAACGACGAUCCGCUACAGAGCCGUGUCAAGACCGAUAAUACCCGUCUGGUGUCGUAGUAUAGCCGCCUUCAGUCUUUAGGGCCAAGCAACGUUCAACUCGCCAAUAGAAAUUAAAAAAUUGUAUAUUUUUCA